AUGGACGAGACCGUCGAAAAACUACUCCAAGACCCAACGGUGGGCGGACUAUCGGUCACAGCUCCACAUAAACUCGAAGUCGGCAGGUUCAUGGAUGAGAUAUCGGAAGAAGCAAGGACUAUGGGAUCAGUCAAUACCAUCGUAGUCAAAAUUUCAUUCCACGGCAGUCAAAGGCGGCUGUAUGGAGACAAUACCGACUGGCUUGGUAUCACUCGCUGCAUACAAGGCGGCAAGGUCGACCUGGAUGCGCCCCAGACCGCAGCAGUGGUUUUGGGUGCUGGUGGAGCAGCCCGAGCGGCUGUCUAUGCCUUUAUCAAGCUCGGCAUCCGCAAUAUUGUCGUCGUCAACAGGUCGUUAGAGCGCGCACAAAAGCUGGCAACGAACUUUCCGAACCACAACAUCGAGAUUGUACACUCUCUUUCGGCCCUUGAAGAGCGCUCAAAUGACGGAUCUUUGAACAUCUCGGUAAUGGUCGGUUGCCUUCCUACACAUGUUUUGACAGCUGCCGAUGUGCCAGAUUGGCUUUUCCUGAACGUGAAGAAGGGCGUUCUGGUCGAGAUGGCAUAUGGAAACGAAACUGCAAUUACUGUCAAGGCAAUUUCUGCUCCUAAUUGGACUGUCUUCGAUGGCAUAGAUGUGCUUCAACAGCAGGCCUUUGGGCAAUUCGAAGCAUGGACAGGCAAACCAGCUCCCAAGAUGGAGAUGAUGGAUGCAGUAAACAAGGCUCUAGGACGGACUCUGAAUCCCGCGUUUGCAGAAGCCGAGGCUUAA